AUGACUCUUGAAGACUCUUUAAGAUCUCUAUCUUUAGACUACCUUAACCUUCUUAUCAAUGGCCAGGCUUUCUCCGAUGUAACUUUCAGUGUAGAGGGUCGUUUAGUUCAUGCUCACAGGUGUAUUUUAGCAGCAAGAAGUCUGUUUUUCAGGAAGUUUUUUUGCGGACCUGACCCACCAUCUGGGUUAGACCCAUCCGGGUCAAGGAUAAACUCGGUUGGAUCACCAGGUUCGAGGUCAAAUGCGAUACAAGUUAACUCAGUGGGGUAUGAGGUGUUCUUGUUGCUGUUACAGUUCUUGUAUAGUGGACAAGUCUCUAUUUUGCCACAAAAACAUGAGCCAAGGCCUAAUUGUGGCGAGAGAGGGUGUUGGCAUACACAUUGCACCUCAGCCGUUGAUCUUGCUCUUGACACUCUUGCUGCCGCUAGAUACUUUGGUGUUGAACAGCUUGCAAUGCUCACUCAGAAGCAAUUGGCUAGCAUGGUAGAGAAGGCCUCAAUUGAAGAUGUGAUGAAGGUGCUAAUAGCUUCAAGAAAGCAAGAUAUGCACCAACUUUGGACUACCUGCUCCCAUCUUGUGGCCAAAUCAGGUCUACCACCAGAAGUCCUAGCUAAACACCUUACAAUUGAUGUUGUGGCCAAAAUUGAAGAACUACGCCUCAAAUCAUCCAUUGCUCGUAGAUCAGUAAUGUCCCACCAUCACCACCAUCUCCAUGAUCUUACCGCAGCUGCUGAUCUCGAAGACCAAAAAAUUCGAAGAAUGAAAAGGGCAUUAGACUCAUCUGAUGUUGAACUAGUCAAGCUUAUGGUAAUGGGAGAAGGCCUAAAUCUCGAUGAGGCAUUGGCUUUACAUCAUGCUGUUGAGAAUUGUAGUCGAGAAGUGGUCAAAGCCUUGCUUGAACUUGGUGCAGCUGAUGUUAACUAUCCGGCGGGGCCGGCAGGGAAAACCCCACUUCACAUUGCAGCAGAAAUGGUGUCACCAGAUAUGGUUGCAGUACUUCUCGACCAUCAUGCUGACCCUAAUGUUAGAACCGUUGAUGGAGUCACCCCUCUUGACAUUCUUAGAACCCUAACCUCAGAUUUCUUGUUCAAGGGGGCAGUCCCAGGUCUAGCUCACAUUGAGCCCAACAAGCUUAGGCUGUGUCUUGAGCUUGUUCAAUCAGCAGCUAUGGUUCUUUCACGUGAAGAAGGGAAUGUGAAUGUACCUACUUCAAGUCCAAUUUAUCCACCAAUGAGUGAUGACCAUAAUACUAGCAGCAGUGGUACUAAUCUUGCUAACUUGAAUCUUGAUUCAAGGUUGGUUUAUUUGAAUCUUGGAGCUGUUGGUUCAGGUCAAAUGGGAUCAAGAAUGGAAGGAGAUGAUGAUAGUAGCCAUAACAGCCAGAGAGAUCAUCAUGCAAUGAGUCGACAUGAUCCAACAAUGUACCACCGUCACUCUCAUGACUUCUAG